CGUCACAUGUUGUUUUUCUCCAGCAUCAGAGCAGUCACUGGUCUACGCGCACUGCUCUGUUGUUUUUACCGCAGCGGGCUUUCUUGUCCGCUGUGGAAUAUAGUAAACGGGUAACCUUUUGCGGUCUUUUCUUUUUACUGUGAGCGUUUUUUACUCUUAUUCCGAAGAAAUGGCAAGUCCUCCGGCGACGGGAGGACACCUGUUAUCUAAUGGGACGAAUGACGUGAAGAAGUGCGGCUACCUGAGGAAGCAGAAACACGGACACAGGCGUUUUUUUGUGCUCCGGGAGUCCAUGGAGCGCUGUCCCGCAAGGCUGGAGUAUUAUGAAAGCGAGAAGAAAUGGAGAAAUAAGUCCGCAGCCAAACGCGUCAUAACUUUGGACUCCUGUCUGUGCGUAAACAAACGCGCCGAUGCCAAACACAAGCACCUCAUCGCCCUCUACACCAAGGACGAAUACUUUGCUGUGGCUGCAGAAAACGAGCAGGAGCAGGAGAGCUGGUACACCGUUCUGUCUGAUUUAAUAGCAGAGAGCAAAGUGUUUGACAGCCCUGCUUCCACAUCCUCUUUAGUGGGGUUUGAGGAGACCACUUACGGACAGCUUACCCCUGCAACAGCUACCUACAAGGAGGUGUGGCAGGUCAACUUGAAAUCCAGAGGCUUGGGUCAGAUCAAAAACCUCACUGGAGUCUACAGGCUGUGUUUAUCCAACCGAAACAUCAGCUUCGUCAAGCUGAACUCUGAGACACCAGCUGUCAACCUCCAACUCAUGAACAUCAGAAGAUGUGGCCACUCCGACAGCUUCUUCUUCAUAGAGGUGGGCAGAUCAGCAGUAACCGGGCCAGGGGAGUUCUGGAUGCAAGCAGAGGAUUCAGUGGUAGCGCAGAAUAUCCAUGAGACCAUCCUGGAGGCAAUGAAGGCGAUGAAGGAGCUCUCUGAAUUCAGGCCGAGGAGCAAAAGCCAGUCAGCCAGCACCAACCCCAUCUCUGUGCCCACCCGACGCAACCUCAACAACCUCCCCCCAAGUCAGACCGGCCUGGUGAGGAGAUCCAGAACCGACAGCAUGGCUGCCACAUCCCCAGGGAGGAAGUUCACCUCCUGUCGGAUAAGGACGGCCAGUGAGGGAGAUGGAAGCGUAACCCGGCCAGUGUCCAUGUCCAUACCAGUGGGUGAGAGUCCCACCAGUCCCAAUUCUGGAUAUCAUCUCAUGAGGUCCCACACCCUUAGCAAUGGGCGCACCUGCAGGAUACUGGAGUCUGCAUCCAAUCUCCAUCACAGUCGUUCAAUGCCAAUGUCCAACUCUCCUCCUGCCGCCUCCAGCCCAAUCAGCUCAUCUCCCAGGGGAGGAACAAGGGUCUCCACUCCAGACAAAGCCAGACGUCCUUUCAGCUGCAGCGCCUCCAUAUCUGGCUCCCUCAGCGAUACUGGCUUCCUUCUCUGUGAUGAUUUCAGCUCCAGCCCAGGUGAACACAAAUUUCUCACUCUGACUCGCAGUGACACUCCUGACUCCCUGUCCAGCACACCUCCAUCCCGUGACCUGAGCGACCCCUGCGGCUACAUGCUAAUGGAGGGGGCUAACGGCAGCAGGUCCAGCUGUGGGAUCGAGAGUCAGAAUUGUGACAAGGCAUACAGGAAGCGAACACACUCCCUCACCACACCACGCCAACAGAAGGUGGUGACUCCAUUGUCCUCUGCUUCCUUGGAUGAGUACACUCUAAUGAGGAUGGCCCAUGGGCAAAACUCUCACUCUGCUUCACCCAAAGUAUGCUAUCCUGAGGAUUAUGGGGACAUUGAAAUUGGUUCAUCCAGGAGCUCCAGUAGCAACCUUGGCGAUGAUGGUUACAUGCCCAUGACGCCAGGUGUAGCACCUCAGUCUGGCAAGACGGAUAACUAUGUACCCAUGAGCCCCAUGUGUGUCUCAGCACCAAAGCAGAUUGUCAACCCCAGGGUGCAUCCCCAGGCAGCUACCAAUGGCUACAAGGCCAACUCUCCCUGUAGCAGCUCUCUGGAAGACAGCGGAUACAUGAGAAUGUGGUGCGGCUCCAAAUCCUCCAUGGACAGCCCUGACAGACACGGUGAAUACAUGAACAUGUCACCUGGAAACCCACCCCCUCUGCAGACCCCUCCUGAUUACUACUUAAGCCCUCUCGCUGGGGAACCAGCGUCAAUUAAGCCGGCUUACCAGAUGGGCUCCCUCACACUGCCUGCAAAACUUCAGUCAUCCAAGAAUGAAGACAGUGGCCAGUAUGUGUUAAUGAGCCCACAGAGUUCAAGGCAGAAGACUGGGGAGUCAGACUAUUAUUCAGUAAUGCAACCGUGUGCAGUUCAAACAUCACCGCUGAGCCCCUCAGUCCCCUCCCCAGUCAGGCAUCAUCGAGCAGAGAAUCUGUCCUACAGAGGGAGGAUGGGGAGACCUAACAGGCUGUCUCUGGACACCCUGAGGACCCUUCCCAGCAUGAAUGAGCAUCCCCUGCCCUUAGAGCCCCGCAGCCCCGGCGAGUACAUCAACAUCGACUUCAGCAGCAACAGAUCGUCCCCACCGUCCACCGUAUCCACAGAGAGCCAGUCUUCAUCUUUGGGGUCCAGCGGCGGGGGCCAGGGGCGGUCAUCUCUGUCAGACUACAUGAACCUGGAGCUGGGCUCACACUCGCCCAAGGGGGCUGACACUCCAGCUGAGCGACUGGAUACCCUGCCUGAGCUGUCCUCAUGCCCCUGCUCAGAGGACGAUGUUGUGUACCAUGUAGAGUGUGAGAAAAGCUCCCGAAGCUUUGUCGAUGAGGUGAAAAAUGACUAUACUGAGAUGACAUUCGCAAUGACUAGCUCACCCCCACAGCUUGUUCCUCAGAACUCAAGCAGCCAGAGCUGCAGGGAGAAGAGGCUAUCUCUUGAUGACCAAGGUGUUCCUGAACGGAUUGGGGUCUUCCUGCUUGGAGCAGCAACUUCCUCAACCGUGGACCCAGACCGCUCUGCCAAGGUCAUCCGGGCCAAUCCACAAGGGCGAAGGCGCCACAGUUCAGAAACCUUCUCCUCCACGGCCACAGUGACGCCGGUCUUUCCCUCAUUUGCACGCGGCGACGCUGUGAAAAGGCCGAGCUCGGUGGAGAACAUCUCGUCCCGCAGCAGUGAGGGUUCCGACGAGGAGUAUGGCAGUCCCGUGACCCGCCACAGCUCGACCGGCUACUCUAACGGACUGAACUACAUCGCCUUGAACCUACUAGAAAACAGGGAUGUGGAGAAAUGUGGAAACCUGGUUGGCUUUAAACCCACCAGCAGCUGCAAAGGGGGCAUCAAUGGAUUACACAACACACCUUACGUCUGUUUGGGGUUCAAGGAGACUGCAACCACUGCCAAAGACUGAAGGACUUCGUUUGUCCUCGUCUUUGGCGUCUUGACCUGCUGCUCGAAACAAAAACAAGCAAGAAAAAGAAGAGAAGAAAAAACAACAGACUUUUUUGUUUUGUUUUUGCCCCUUCGUCGGGCUCUGUGACCCGAAAAGACUGUGUGGGACCCAUCAGCAUCAUAAGCCACCUGCUUGCACACACACCCUGAAAAAAGCAGGUCACCGUCUAUGCAUGCAGUGUAUCGCUGAAGGCAGUACAGGUGUGUGCGUGCGAGAGAGAGAGAGUGUAUGUCGGAUGUGUGUUGGUACGUCUCGUGUUUCCUGCACUUUGAGAGGCCAUUUCUCCUGUGACCUAAAUUUUGGCACAAGCACAGAAGUAAAGAUAGUCAGACAAUAACAAGGCUCUAAUGGUACCAAGGUACCGUUUAUUUACUUGAGGGUAGAUUUAGUGUGCAAGUGUUUGUUUCUGAAAACCGUCAAACCUGCUGCACUCUGCAGGGAUGGAAUACCAAGGUACACUGAGUACAUAAAACAAGAAAAAAUAAAUAUAUAUAAGUAUAUAUAUAUAGUAGUACACAUUAGAUGUUUUAUUUAUUUUUUGGAUGAUGAAUGUUUGAUAAGACCUACCCGAUGCCUUAAUGUGUAUACUGUCCUUAUGUUUUCUAUGAAAUAAGAGAUAAAUAUUCUAUUGGGGUAUAUUUGUUUAGACCUACAUCUCUAUAUUGUUAUUAUCUUGUGGAAAGCAAAAUGCAUAGCUUACCAUUAAAUAUAUAUUAUUUCUGAAAUGUACAGAACCAGUUUGGCUGCUUGAGAGCUGAUUAAAGUAUUUUCUUAACGGAUAAUUUCACCCAUUUUAUGUUUCUUGUCCGAACAUAUUGGACUAGUAAAAAUAUAUUUCUAAAUGUUUAUGCAUGUCUUUUCGUGACUUAGCUGAAAUCCUAAAAUAAUAAUAAUAACACCAGGCACUGUUCCUCAGUCACUUGAGCCUGAAAACCUCACACACUCCUACCUUCAAACCAAAGGCUUGUUGUUCGGGUCGACGCAGGCCUUCCUGCUGUGAUAUCACUGACUGUACAACUGUAACGCUGAGACGAUAACGGAGGGGUAGAGCCAACGCAAACUCAACAUUACGAAAGAUUGGAGGCACAGUUGAGGCGGCUUAACCUAAAAGUAUUGAAGGAAAAAGUUAAACAGUAGCACCAUCAUGGAGGCUCGUGGCAAGAGAAAACUUUACUAUUUAACGACUUUAAAUGUGUAAAAACUGAUGAUGCCUAGCUAAUGCGUGCUGGUCAUCUCCAGUAAUGCAUCACUUCGUACCCACAUCAGGGAUGUUCAGGAAAUACUUUAACAACUGAUGACUUAAAGAUAAUUCAUUGUAACUGCUAGUAAUCUACAAUAAGGAAACUUGAUUAUAUUAUUUCUGUAAAUUACAUGUACAACUAGCAGGUCAGUGAUUGUUUUUUUCGUUUGAUGGCCAGAACCACAAUCAAUGGAAACUGGGAGAAAAUUGACAUAAAUCACUGAAGUAUUUUUAAUCGUAGUACAAAUGGAAGGAGGCGGUUUGACUUAGCCUUUGCUAAUAUUACCAACUUUUAGCUAGUCGCUAUCAAAAAAUAUUAAAAAUAUGAAACAGCUUUUUUUGCUGGUAAGAAAUGAAAGGAAAUGGCAACUUGCGUACGAAAUUGGGUACGAAUUGGUGGAUUACCUUGAGCCUUUGCUAACAUUAUCAACUGUUGGCUAACAAAACUCUUGACUGUAAUGAAAUUAGCUUAAUAUUUUCUUGCUUCUAAACUAUCAAAUAGUUUAAAAAUAUAUCUAAAGUGAAAACUUUGAGCAUAUGGAUGAAUGCUAACAUGUAGCAUAAAUCAAACUGCCUCAGUAUACUGCUGUACAUCCAUCACAGCUUUGCUAGCAAUAGCUAACGUUAGCUGCUGUAAGCUACUAGGUUGUACUAGUAAAUGUGAAAACUGUCUUUAAUUGAGUGCCGUAUUACAUUGCUCCAUUUUCAUCCAGUCAAAGAAAAAUUCAUUAUUUCUCCAGUUUUGAAUUAAAAUUCAACAAAUAAUGGCAGGAAGUCAAAUUAGCAAUCCUCCAGAAAUGGUUGCUACGGUAUUUGAAAACAGUUUUUAUCGCCGUCUAUUAUGACUGCUGUCUUUUUGAACUCUUCUGUGCCGACACCAACUGGCUUCAAACCCCUUAGAUGUACAGUAGAUUGUAAAACUUUUACAUGUCUGAAUGUAUCGCUGAUUUUUGCGGGACCACCGCACAUUUUAAAUGGUUUUGAAAGUGUUAAAUAACAUUGGAGCUGUACCAAUCUAACUUAUGGUAUCUAUUUAUCUUUAGAGUUUGUACAUAUAAUGUGUAAAAAGAAAAGAGUUUACCUAAAAUAUUGUAUUCUUAGAUUUGACCUAUAGGUUGCAAUGCUAUUCCUGUGUAAAGACUUUGGCUACAGAUUUUUAAAAUGGGAGGGUUUGUUUUCUGUCUGUACAGUGUAUUGUAUGCUUUUCUCCCUCACAGUCUGAUUAUAUAAAACAAAAAAAACUUGGUUUAUUUUAUUAUAGAGAUCUAUUUGCCUUGUUGACACACUUUACCUAAUGGCAUAUGCAAUAUUAACAUGAAUCAAAAAUAGUUUACAACUAUGGAACCAAAUGUAACAUUGCAUUGAUCCUUUUUUUUCCAUUAAACUGGAGCUCUUUUGCUCCUUUUAUAUAUAUUUUUUUCUUUCUGCCAAGUGUUUUUCAUUGCUGGGAAUUUUGUUGUUGACGUGUCUGGAAGCGUUUUUCCCAUUUCUGUGUCUGAGCGGAUCGUUCUUUACUUGGAUUGACUCAGUCUGAAUGUGUUGUCUUCCAUUGUACAUAAUUCUGCUGUUUAUUGUGAUGCUCACAAGAGAUAAAUAUGAUUUAUAAAUUCUGGUAGUCAAGUAUUGCUUUUGUCUGUAUUAAUUAUGGAUAGCAUAAAUAAAUAAAUUAUUUAAAGAGUCACAA